AUGAAAAUAGUCUUAUUCCUGGGUAGUAUGGCUAUGCUGUGCAUGGUGGGAUAUGUGACUUUUAAGCAUAAAGGUGAGUCAAUGAAAUUGGCUUUGCAGGUGCUGGCUGACUUACAAGCGGUUAAAUUGAAACUGCAAGAGGCUUGGCAUACACCAAGAGAUAAACCGAUUGAGAACGUUUUGGCGGGUGACUUGGAGAAUAUUGAGAAGAAGAUCUUGACUAUGGAGAAGAAUAGAGAGGUGGAAGAACACCCGGCUAGUAUUUUAGAUGGAAGUAAAGCUAGUUUGACUACUAAAACGGCUGUAAACUUAAUGGCUAACAGAUUGGCGGAAGAUUUGAUUGAGCAGUACUUAAGAGGAGAAAUACCUGAAUCUUUGCCUCAGUUAAGAAGGAAAACUUCGUUGUUUGAUCUGCCGAAUCUGAAAUCGGGCGGAAUGGUUCAUAAAGCGACUUGUCCUCCUCCGAAUGGCAGGCGUCCGAUUGAUAAGCAACCUAUGCCAAGGCCUGGUAGACCUAGUAAGCCGACUAAUCCUAUGCGGCCUAGUUUACCUCCUAUGCCCGUUAGGAAUAAGGUACAACCGGUUCAGGUGGGAACAGAUACUUUAGCUACGCUUAAGAUGGUGCCUGCAUCUGCAGUAGAGACUAGUUCAGCUACUAAGGACGAGAAAGAAGGAGGAGCCAAAGUUACUCAGGCCCGGUUCGUAGGCCAAAGAGUCGCACAAAUACCAAGUCAAAACCAGGAAGACUCUAGCUUUGAGAAGAUUCUCGCGACAUUCCAAAAGAACUCAACUAUGCCCUCAUUCAAGGAAUUAGCGAAACUCACCCACGCAUUCUUAGAACCCAAACCUACUUCUAAGGCUCUUCGUCCUCUUCAGAUCAACUACAAGCCUUCUCCUGCUCCUCUUAAGAAGGAAGAGACCGAAGAACAAACCGAAUCAGCCGAUUCAUUCGGACCGACUGAAGAAGCUCUAGAAGCCGAUACCACCACUGCUUCAGCAGCCAAAACACCUAAAGCAACCAAAACAACCACCACUCCCAAUGCUUCUCAUGAAGCCAGUAAGCAAGAUAAGUCGGCCAACAAAUAA